CUGACUGAACCACCAACCUGCGCUGCUCCCACCUGCAAAGUCCCAUUGCAAUUUUACAUUUAAUAAUUAUUUAUGAUAAGUACUAAUUGGGGGUUGUGAAACCUUAAGUAUAUUAUUAUGUAGCCCAGAAAUAUGGAAGGAUGAUGACUUUGUUUGGUGCCUGACUGCUCAAUGUUUUGGUUAUGUCAUAAUGCGUUUUAAUUUUACCAGCCUUUAAUAGUACUGAAUUAUCUGAGUCAUUAAUGUGGUCAGGCAGUGUAAUGAAAUUAACUUGAUUUUACAGCAUGAUGAUUAAGCGUCUGUGUUUCCCUGCAGGCAGUGUGGCUAGCCAUGACUGCUUAAACACUGAAGGUCUGUUGAGUAUAGUAACAUGUAGGUAGAAUGGAGGCCUUGUUCAUCUGACAGCUUCAGCAGUAGCCAGCAUCGGUACAGCAGUGUCUCGUGGGACACAUUCACAGAUCACACGUCAUUAUUUUUAAUAUGUUCUGGCAGGUUUGUGAUCUGAAAAUUAUCGUAGCAGAUCUUAGAUUAUGUUUUUCUGAACUUGGUUCAAUGUAUUUUAGCGAUGUGUUCAAAAUACGCUGAUUUACUUUGCUUGGUAUAUCUCUAAACAGUACAUUUUGAAUUAUAUUACAUUUCCUUAAGGCUAUCCCAAUAGUCAAAUCAUAUCUGUUUAGAAUAAGACAUGAGUGGGUUAUGUGAGAUUCCAUCAAGACAAGGACGUGUUGUGAAACAAUAAGAAACAAAAACAUCCUGUUGAAUAUAGGAUAUCGUUUAAACUUUAUUGAUAUGUUUUAAAGACACAUAGAAAUAGCAGUCCAAAACUGGGGUAAGCCACAGGGACAUUUCACAAAGAACAAAGCAUGAGCACACUAGAAGGGCAGAGAAAUGCAAUGAAAUUAAUAGUGGCAUAAUUGGAAAUCUGUCUUAAAUUGAGAUGAUAAUAUUGAUUUGGUAAUAUUGAUGAAUAGUAAAUUCAUAACAAUGGUAAAUAGUGCAUACAUGUAAUAUACUUUUUUUAUUUAAUCAAAGUACAGUUGUAUGAUAUUUUGUUGUAAGAAAAAAAAAAGUAUUUUUGGUUUUGCAACUUAAAUAAAACAAUAUAGUACAAUUCGUAUCCCCAAACGCCACAGUGCGACCGCAACUCGUUUUUCCACCGAUACCGAACGACUUGCGUACAUUUUCAAUCCAGUCACUUGGAAACCACUCAAGUCGUUCCCACCAGCCUUCUGGUCAGAAGAUCACCCAAAUGUUUUGAUCAACCGUCAUGGUUCUGCAGAUCAUCACCUCUGUAUUUAGCAGUGCAGGAAAAUAAAAAAGGCAUCUCCGCUGGUUUUGCAGAAAAGAGCACAGCUGUGCUUGACGAGCUCUUGAUCAAUUAAGUACAGUACUUUCUUCCAAAAGCAUAAACAAAAACUUUUUUUACACAGAGAAUUGUGGGAGUCUGGAACCAAUUCCCCAGUAAUGAUGUUGAAGCUGACACCCUGGGAUCCUUCAAGAAGCUUCUUGAUGAGAUUCUGGGAUCAAUAAGCUACUAACAACCAAACGAGCAAGAUGGGCCGAAUGGCCUCCUCUCGUUUGUAAACUUUCUUAUGUUCUUAUGUUCUUAUGUUCUUAUGGGUUUGAGAGUUGGGUUUGGUUCCCAUAGCUAUUUGUUCGUUUGUCCCCACGACACCACACACAAACUGAAGUUGGGAAGGACUCUGAGGGACAAUUUGUUAAACAAAUUAUUUUGCAAUAAAUAUUUUACACAUAUUUUACUGGUAGUAGUACCCCCUGGUAACAGAUUAUUAUUAUUAUUAUUAUUAUUAUUAUUAUUAUUAUUACAAGCAUUAAUCAACUUUAAGCAUAUGUUGGGUCAUAUAACUGGUUAUAAGGCUCACAGUAAGUAUGUGAACAAAUUGUAUUAUUUAAUUCUGCUCUGUGAUGGGUAAAAUACAGUAGCUGUUCCAAAUUGGAAAGUGGAACCACAUACUGUAGGUUAGUUAUUAGGAAUCUCUUAUGCUUAACUUGGAGAAAUGAGAAAUCUGAUGUACACACGCAAGUCAACUACUAUACCAUGUGUGCAAUAAAGCUAGAGAUAUGCUGUAGGUCUAAAUUUAAAAGAAAAAUAAAAACAUUAUUGUGUUUUGGGGCAUUAAACUGCAAUUAAUUGACCGGCAUUUUAGAGUUAUGUUGAGCAUUAUUACCAUUCCAUUCCAGACCAUUGUAAAUAACAUCAAUUACUAAAAAACAGCAGUGAUCAAAGCAUUUAAAGAAUACUGUGAUCAAGUGAUAGGUUAAUAUAGAUCUAAUAAGAUAUACAGUAGUUGAAUAUUGGUAAUAAAGAAACCAAGAUCAGUAGAAUGUGGUAUCUUAUACUCUAUUCUGUUUUACUUGUUUUUCAUAAUCUAUUUAGGUUUUGUGUAAUAUAAUGUAAUGGAUUGCACAGUACCAUCAUUACUGGAGCUGCCGUUUGGGUGAUAAUAAUAGUUCUCUUAAGUAACAGGGCUAUCCAAGGGCUAUUUCAGAAUUGUUAUUUCAGGCAGCACAGUUUACCUGGAAAAUGCUACAUUUAAAUAAAGCUUUGCUGCAGUGUAGUGGCUUUUUGUUUUCCAUUAAAUAAUAAAUAAUGAAAACCUUUAUGCACAGGGUAACUAUUGUUGUUUCUACCUCUAAAUGAAGCACUGCAUUUCACAAUUCAUGGUUCAUGGUUCAUGAUUCAAAUUACCAGUGUAUUCAGGAACUCUUGUUUAAAGCCUUGUGUGACAAAGUGUGAUUAAUUAGUUGGGAUUACACAGCAGAAUACUGAUCUGUAAACCAAAGAACCAUCAUAAGAGAUUGUGUAUCAUUUGUAAGUUGCAUGUAUGUUUUGAUCUGAAAGCAUAAUUACUUUAAGAGAAAGGAAAAGACAGAUACAGACAAAUUAAUUAUUUAAAUGUCAAACUAAUUAUUUAUUACAGUACAUGCAUACAUACAUGCCUGUACAUACAUACAUACAUACAUUAGCAUGUGCUGCAAGAGUUUAAUUAUACAAGAUUUCUAUUAAUUUAAGAAUAUUUUUGCAAAAAUUAUAUAAUAUUUUUGUUGCAUACUAUAACUUAAUGUACUACACCUGUAUAUGUUAUCAGUUGGAAUCCUGCUACAAACUGUGGAGUUUAUUACAUUGUAUAAAUACUGUCAACGUUUAAUUAAUUAAUAAAGGCCUCGAGGUUCUGAAAAUCAAAUAUCAAACCGUUCAUGUUACUCUCUUUAAUUCUGUGCAUAAAAUAUGAAAUAAAACCUCAUAUUUUAAUAAAUGGCGGCAGUAAUUAGAUCUGCUGCUGUUCAGAUCAAUUGAUUAGACCUCUGUAUUUCUGCCACAACUGUAAAAUAUGUAGGGAGCUCCAGAAUUAGUAUUGGUGAGACACCUUAUUAGAGAGUGCCACAGGGGCUGAGAACCACAACGUAGUCCUGCAUGCGGCAGUAGGGGAAGGCAACAUUACCAGUUGGAGCUAAAUCUAAAGGCCAGUGGAGCUGUGAUAGCCUUUGGGAACUGAAGCUGCUCUGUUGACAUUGUUGAAGGCAGCAGGAGGAUACAGGAGGUGAGACAGGAAUAUGUCAAGGAAUGCACUUCUCUGAAUCUUACUUGAAAAAUCUCAAAUUACACAUCAAUCCAGUCUUAAUGUUGGCUUGCUCUUAAAGAUAGGUUUGCAUCGCAGUGGAUGAUUUAGGUACAGAAACCAAAUAGGUGAGUCUGUGUUUUGUUUUGAAUUACUUUCACUGGAUAGCACUCCGGCUUUCAAUAGUUUAUUUUUGCAUUGUUUAAUGUGCCUUAACAAAUCAAGAUAUCCUGGUAAUUAUGUCAUUUUAGUGUGACGUUGUUUAUUCACAGUCUUGUCAACUCCACUUCAGUGUUUCUGUGUCUUUCAGUGUCUUGUCCGUAUUUAUCAAUAUUAAGUGCACGUCACUUCUCCAUUAAAUGUUUAAUGUUCACCUGUUAAUAUGAAUGUUGUCGUUUUUUAUUUACUCUUUCUUAACAUAUGUAUUAUUGGUUCAUUUAUUUUAUUGUAAUGUGUAUGUAACAACCUGGUCAUAAUAUAAUACUAUAAUGUCAGGGCAGCAGUGUGGAGUAGUGGUUAGGGCUCUGGACUCUUGACCGGAGGGUUGUGGGUUCAAUCCCCAGUGGGGGACACUGCUGUUGUACCCUUGAGCAAGGUACUUUACCUAGAUUGCUCCAGUAAAAACCCAACUGUAUAAAUGGGUAAUUGUAUGUAAAAAUAAUGUAUAAUGUGAUAUCUUGUAACAAUUGUAAGUCGCCCUGGAUAAGGGCGUCUGCUAAGGAAUAAUAAAAAAUGUCUAUAAUGUCAACUUAAAUUUUAAAUACAUCGUUACACACCUGUAGAGGUGGUAUAAUGCAUAUAUUUUUAUUUCAGAUCAAUAUAUUUCAACAUAUUUUCAUGGUGGAUCAAUGAUGUAAUGAACAAUUGUAUAGAUCAGUGGUUUUCAACCAGGGGUAGGCGUACCCCUGGGGGUACUUCUGAGGGUCAUAGGGGGUAAACAGGACGAUUCAAAUGAAAUUCAAAUGAAAAUAAAAGUAAAAAAGGGCCUUGAAUUUAUGUUUUUUUUUUUACGGUAUUAUAUAUUAUCUCUAAACUAAUGUGCAUACAGUACUGUGCAAAAGUUUUAGGCAGGUGUGAAAAAAUGCUGUAAAGUAAGAAUGCUUUCAAAAAUAGACAUGUUAAUAGUUCAUAUUUAUCAAUUAACAAAAUAUUUGGUGUGACCACCCUUUGCCUUCAAAACAGCAUCAAUUCUUCUAGGUACACUUGCACACAGUUUUUGAAGGAACUCAGCAGGUAGGUUGGCCCAAACAUCUUGGAGAACUAACCACAGUUCUUCUGUGGAUUUAGGCAGCCUCAGUUGCUUCUCUCUCUUCAUGUAAUCCCAGACAGACUCGAUGAUGUUGAGAUCAGGGCUCUGUGGGGGCCAUACCAUCACUUCCAGGACUCCUUGUUCUUCUUUACGCUGAAGAUAGUUCUUAAUGAUUUUCGCUGUAUGUUUGGGGUCGUUGUCAUGCUGCAGAAUAAAUUUGGGGCCAAUCAGAUGCCUCCCUGAUGGUAUUGCAUGAUGGAUAAGUAUCUGCCUGUACUUCUCAGCAUUGAGGAGACCAUUAAUUCUGACCAAAUCCCCAACUCCAUUUGCAGAAAUGCAGCACAAAACUUGCAAGGAACCUCCACCAUGCUUCACUGUUGCCUGCAGACACUCAUUCAUGUACCGCUCUCCAGCCCUUCGGCGAACAAACUGCCUUCUGCUACAGCCAAAUAUUUCAAAUUUUGACUCAUCAGUCCAGAGCACCUGCUGCCAUUUUUCUGCACCCCAGUUCCUGUGUUUUCGUGCAUAGUUGAGUCGCUUGGCCUUGUUUCCACGUCGGAGGUAUGGCUUUUUGGCCGCAAGUCUUCCAUGAAGGCCACUUCUGACCAGACUUCUCCGGACAGUAGAUGGGUGUACCAGGGUUCCACUGUUUUCUGCCAAUUCUGAGCUGAUGGCACUGCUGGACAUCUUCCGAUUGCGAAGGGAAGUAAGCAUGAUGUGUCUUUCAUCUGCUGCAGUAAGUUUCCUUGGCCGACCACUGCAUCUACGGUCCUCAGCGUUGCCCGUUUCUUUGUGCUUCUUCAAAAGGGCUUGGACAGCACAUCUGGAAACCCCUGUCUGCCUUGACAUUUCUGCCUGGGAGAGACCUUGCUGAUGCAGUAUAACUACCUUGUGUCUUGUUGCUGUGCUCAGUCUUGCCAUGGUGUAUGACUUUUGACAGUAAACUGUCUUCAGCAACCUCACCUUGUUAGCUGAGUUUGGCUGUUCCUCACCCAGUUUUAUUCCUCCUACACAGCUAUUUCUGUUUCAGUUAAUGAUUGUGUUUCAACAUAUUUGAGUAGCUGAGAAGUAGAGGAAGAUUCCAUGUGCUUUAACUUUUUGUCUUACUUGUUGGGAAAGUGGUCAAAGCAGCUGAUUUGUGUCAAAAGUUACAUCAUUUACAGUAAAUAGAAUGUUGGAAGUCUGGGAGUUUUUAAAAAAUGGGGAGCUUAGAAUGUUGACAAAAGUCCCAUUAAAGUGGACACAAAGCUUAAUAGUUUAAAAAGUAUAAAAGAUAUCAAAAAGUUGUAUACAAGCACACUAUUCCAGACCCGUCUACACGUUUUAAAGUUUGAACGGCGUUUGUAGCUUAAACGGUGUAAGAGGAGUAGCGUGCCAAAGAAUAAUAAUAAUAAUAAUAAUAAUAAUAAUAAUAAUAAUAAUAACUAGAUGGUAACUUUACAAGUAAAGUUGUGGGGCUUUCUUUAUUGGGAAAGUGGUCAAAGUAGCUGAUUUGUGUCAAAAGUCACAUUGUUUACUAAUUGUCUCCUAAUUGUCUCAUGCUUAGAAUGUGCUGUAAUUGGAAAUGUCUCAAAGUUCACGACCCUCCAGUCAGGAGUCCAGAGCCCUAACCACUACUCCACACUGUUGCCCUGUGUAGGUACUUAGAUAGCUAAUUGCAAAUGUAAAAAAUAACUAAACGGCAGCUGCACAAGCUGGUUGCUUGCAUGCCUUGCAAUGAAAGAAAAGUUCCUGUAUGUAUGCUGCCGACGCGCUGUAAUACUAUAAGUAUCGAAGACGUAAGGUCUCAUAUCUCAGCCGUCCAAUCACCAAUCUUUUUUUUUUCUUUUAUAUAACCAUGACAACGCUGUUGAGGUGGGUGGGAUGGAUAUAUUUUUGAACCACAAGGAUGAGCUGGACUCGCCGCAGCGGAUUACAGUCUGUUACGGUUUGGCAUGAAAUGUUUUUAAUUGUCAAUCGCUCCAUAACUGGGUGGGCCCAGGCACCUCAGGUCCAAGCGUGGCGCCGCCCCUGGUUUAGCAGCUCAAAUUGACCCGCAGAAGAAAAAGAAAAAAACACAUGAUUUAUCACGUCUGUACUUUCCACCUGUACGCAUGCGUGAUUUCGAUUGCGUGGAUUUCCACUCUGAUAUUCGUACAUUUACUUCUAAAAUGUACAGCAGACAGAUGCGGACUUCGGGGAGGAACAUGACGAAGAGCACGAGCGUGACCGAGGAGAUGUACAACCUGGAGAGGAACGACGGCAGCCAGUCGGACACGGCCAUCGGGACGUUGGGGACAGGAGUGAAGAAGCGCCGCUCCAGCCUGAGUGCCAGAGUGGUGGCGAUCGUCGGCCUGCCAUCACGGAGGAGUCGAAGCACAUCCCAGCUCAUCCAAAAAGAAGCUGGCCACAAGAAGUUGAAAAGUACCAUACAAAGAAGCACAGAGACAGGGAUGGCAGUGGAAAUGAGAAAGCGCAUGGCCCGGCAGCCGAGCCGCGAGUCCAACGAUGGGAGCCUGAACAGCUACAGUUCGGAGGGGAAUUUGAUAUUCUCUGGGGUGAGGUUAGGAGCUGACAGCCAGUUCAGUGACUUCCUUGAUGGGCUGGGACCUGCACAGCUGGUUGGUCGACAGACACUCGCCACUCCUGCCAUGGGUGAUAUUCAGAUCGGGAUGAUGGACAAGAAAGGGCAGUUAGAAGUUGAAGUUAUCAGAGCACGUGGCCUCACAGCUAAACCAGGUUCCAAAAAUCUUCCCGCUCCGUAUGUUAAGGUCUACAUGCUGGAGAAUGGAGCAUGCAUAGCCAAAAAGAAAACAAAGAUUGCGCGAAAAACACUUGACCCCUUGUAUCAGCAAUCACUGCUUUUUGAGGAGAGUCCACAGGGUAAAGUUUUACAGGUAAUAGUCUGGGGAGACUAUGGGCGUAUGGACCACAAAUGUUUCAUGGGAGUUGCACAGAUCCUAUUAGAAGAGUUGGACUUGACAAGUAUGGUGAUUGGCUGGUACAAACUGUUCCCGCCCUCUUCCCUGGUGGAUCCCACAUUAACACCCCUCACCCGCCGGGCUUCCCAGUCAUCUCUUGAAAGUUCAACUGGACCUCCUUGCAUAAGAUCAUAGUGACCUGGCUGGAGAUCCGUACUAACAUAGAACUUAGCAACUGGGACAACAAUCAGAACCAGACAUAAACGUGAUCAAAGCUUUGUUGGAGCCAGACAAUCACUCCUGUUGUUUUUUGCCGGUAGUACUUUUUUUUUUAAGAAAUAGGGCUGUUAAAAAAGAAUAAUAAUUAAAAAAAAAAAAGAAUAAUAUCACAAAGCUGCUUUCAGUUGGCAGAACAAAGCACUACGCAGAACCUAGUAAGUCAGUGACAGCCCCUGUUACUUGUGAUAUUGUACAAUCAAGAUAUUAAGUAAUAUACUGUAGCUUAAAAGAAAAUCAAAGCAAACUGGAAAGUCCCUGACUCAGUUUAAUGAAAAAAAUGUUUGUCCACACUUUGAGUGAAACCGUAAGCAGUGUUAACAUGAUUUUUCUGCACUUCUUCCACGAUGCUAGCAGAGUCCCUUUCAAAGGACUGAAGUCUGUCUCUUUAAGCAUUGCGAAGCGUUCAACAAUUAAGAGCAAACACCUCCCCAGUCUCUGGAUGCCACUGGUUCCCAGUCUGGUUCCUUUCUUUCUUUGUUUCUUUCAUUUGUAUACAGGCACACACGCUUGCAUUAUGAAUAAAGGUUUUUAUGUUUUCUGGUGUUUUGCAUGGGAAAAAGAAAAUGUUCUAAAGCAAUUUCUCUGCAAGCAAUGCUGGGGACUGUUAAAAGCAGCUUAAGUCUUAAUUUUCACAGUACAAUGUUAAGUUGUAAUGCAGUUUUCUUCCUAGAAUUAUAAAGUUUUCAGUGUAUAAAUGUAUAUUUGACUUCCGGAGAUGUUGACCAAUAAAAGGGGGUUUAGCAUAUGACACUUUUGAGCUGUACCCAGGAUUCUCUGAAAACGUGUCGCUUUGGACACCUCUGUUUGCCCUGGAUAGAGCACUGUACAAUAUGUUUGGAGUUUUGGUGAAACGUCCUGCACAGGUUUAGUGUUUUAUCAGACUUUAGUUUACAUUAUGUUGAGAUUAAUCCAAGCACAAAAGCUUGAUUUUUUACUGCAAAAAGUUUAACUUUUGAAAAAAAAAAAGAGCCAAAUUUCAAUUUGCUCUUUGUCCAUUUUAUCUCCUCUUUGCCUUGACAAAAAUAAAAUCCCUUUGUGAAUCAUAUCCUCUUUGCCUUGACAACAACAACAAAAAAUCCCUUUGUGAAUUUCUGUAAAUGUGACAAAAUGACUGCAUAAUGAUAAUGUUUCUUUUCAUCCUUAAACAGGCCAUUUUAUUUUAUAAUUACAGAAGUAGAGCAGCAUGACUCUGGAACUGUUCAAAGCUGCAUGCACAUUUUGUAAAACAAAACAAAAAAAGAGGUUAUUUAAACAAAUAUGUGUGUUAGUACCACAUAGGCCAGCUUGUAUGUUGCAUGUACUUGUACAGUUUGCUCGUACUUAUUAUAAAAAGAGAUAUCCAAGAAAUUGAAGCCAUUCAUUUUUGCAUAUGGACAUUUUGCCGACUUUGAUCCAAGCUGUGUCUCUCAGUCUGGUGUUAAAUGUCUAUAGACAGACUUUAUUUUUUACCCCAUGGAAAAGUGAUGUAGUACAAACCAAACCCUUCUAAUAAAUAUGUUGGUGUAGAUUCUUACUGUGGGGCUGUAACAGAUGUAGAAACUGUGUACAAACAAGAUUUUAAUAUCUAUAUAUACAUACACACAAACACUCCCUGCACCAAUUGAUUGUGUUAUUAACAAAUAGGUCAAGACUACUCUGCCCAUAAUUCUGCACGGCAAAUAAGGUUGGUCACUGCUCCACCUGCUGGAAGAGCUACAGCAUGGGUGCACUAACAUUAGAAUGUAUUGUUUUAGUGUAACAGUGGCCAACUUAACUAUUGGUAAUUAGGUGGUAUCUUUCUAUUUAAAUCACUUGUCAGAACACUCCCCUGUGCUUUUAAAUGAACUUCCAACUCAUGUCAUAUAAACAUGUUUAAUAAAGUUUACUUUUUAUGUCCA